UCCUCUCCUCCCAGUCUCCCCCGCGCUUCCUGCACUAAGGUAGUCGCCGCCGCGUUCCCAUUAUCGGCUCGCUGGCUCAGGCGGUGCCAUGGCGGCCUUCAGCAAGUACCUGACUGCGCGAAACUCCUCGCUGGCGGGGGCCGCGCUCCUGCUGCUCUGCCUGCUCCACAAGCGGCGCCGCGCCCUCGGCCUGCAGGGUAAGAAAAAUGGAAAACAGCCAUUACAGAGUGAGAAAGAGGGGAAGAAAGAGCGAGCUAUGGUGGACAAGGUAUUUUUUUCAAGACUCACACGGAUUCUGAAAAUCAUGGUUCCUAGAACAUUUUGUAAAGAGACAGGUUACUUGAUUCUCAUUGCUGUUAUGCUGGUGUCUCGAACAUACUGUGACGUUUGGAUGAUUCAGAAUGGGACGCUCAUUGAAAGUGGUAUCAUUGGUCGUAGCAGGAAAGAUUUCAAGAGAUACUUAUUCAACUUCAUCGCUGCCAUGCCUCUCAUAUCUCUGGUUAAUAAUUUCUUGAAGUUUGGGUUAAAUGAGCUCAAACUGUGCUUCCGAGUAAGACUAACGAAAUACCUCUAUGAGGAGUAUCUCCAAGCAUUCACGUAUUAUAAAAUGGGAAAUCUGGACAACAGAAUAGCUAAUCCAGACCAGCUGCUCACACAAGAUGUGGAAAAAUUUUGUAACAGUGUAGUUGAUCUGUAUUCGAAUCUUAGUAAGCCAUUUUUAGACAUAGUUUUGUAUAUCUUCAAGUUAACAAGUGCAAUAGGAGCUCAGGGCCCAGCUAGCAUGAUGGCUUACUUGGUCAUGUCUGGGUUGUUCCUAACUCGGCUUAGAAGACCCAUCGGUAAGAUGACAAUAACUGAGCAAAAGUAUGAAGGAGAAUAUAGAUAUGUUAAUUCCCGGCUCAUCACAAACAGUGAAGAAAUUGCCUUUUACAACGGGAAUAAAAGAGAAAAGCAGACGAUCCACUCAGUCUUCCGAAAACUGGUGGAGCACCUACAUAAUUUCAUUUUGUUUCGGUUCUCUAUGGGCUUCAUUGAUAGCAUAAUUGCCAAAUAUCUUGCCACGGUGGUCGGUUACCUAGUUGUCAGUCGGCCCUUCCUAGAUUUGUCUCAUCCUCGACAUCUCAAGAGUACACAUUCGGAACUUCUGGAGGACUACUACCAAAGUGGAAGAAUGCUUUUGCGAAUGUCUCAGGCUCUGGGUCGAAUAGUUUUGGCUGGCCGUGAAAUGACUCGACUGGCUGGUUUCACUGCUCGGAUUACAGAGUUAACGCAAGUUCUAAAGGAUUUAAAUAAUGGCAAAUAUGAACGCACAAUGGUCUCACAACAGGAACGGGGCAUUGAAGGACCACAGACAAUUCCCCUAAUACCUGGUGCCGGAGAAAUCAUCAAUGCAGAUAACAUUAUAAAGUUUGAUCAUGUACCUUUAGCAACGCCAAAUGGAGAUAUCUUGAUCCGAGACCUUAAUUUUGAAGUUCGAUCUGGAGCCAAUGUUCUCAUUUGUGGUCCAAAUGGCUGUGGGAAGAGUUCACUUUUCCGUGUUCUUGGUGAAUUAUGGCCGCUUUUUGGAGGACGUCUUACUAAACCAGAAAGGGGGAAGUUAUUUUAUGUUCCCCAGAGACCGUACAUGACCCUUGGAACUCUACGAGACCAAGUGAUCUAUCCAGAUGGAAAAGAAGAUCAGAAAAGGAAGGGGAUAUCUGACCUUGUACUGAAGGAAUAUUUAGACAAUGUCCAGUUGGGUCAUAUCCUUGAACGUGAAGGAGGCUGGGACAGUGUUCAAGAUUGGAUGGAUGUCCUCAGUGGUGGAGAGAAGCAGAGAAUGGCGAUGGCAAGACUGUUCUACCACAAGCCGCAGUUUGCCAUUCUGGACGAGUGCACGAGCGCAGUGAGCGUGGACGUGGAAGGCUACAUCUACAGCCACUGUCGCAAGGUUGGGAUCACCCUCUUCACGGUGUCACAUAGAAAAUCUCUCUGGAAGCACCAUGAGUACUACCUGCAUAUGGAUGGCAGAGGCAAUUAUGAAUUCAAACAGAUAACAGAAGACACAGUUGAAUUUGGCUCUUAAGAGAACCGGAGAAUUAUACCUAUGGGCUUCAAUGAAAUAAUUACAGAAAACACUUAGAAAUUACAGCAUACAUUGUAAAAUAAAGUUGAGCUUGGUUUUUUUUUUUUAAACAAAGCAACAAAUUAACCAGAUAUAAAAUAAUUGAGAACACGUUGUUUAAAACAUUUAAUAUUAUAUAGGAUAUUGCUAAUUGUGUAUAUGUUGGUUUAAUUAUUAAUAUGUACUAAGAAUGUCCUUAUUCUUGUGGUUAAAAACCUGCCUAAAUUAAAUUGGGCUUAAAUCAGUGUAACCUAAUUCAUCCUGGGAUGUAAACCAUUUGAAGUCAGCUAAUUUGACUUUUAUGGCUCUCUUUUCCUUCAAUGAAGAACCCUAUUUAAAUCUGGGGUCAUCACUUGUCCUGUUCUCACAAGAUAGUCUGAGUUUCAUUUUCUCAUCCCUCAUGAUUGUGGGAAACAAACAAAUCAUAGGGUAUUACAGAACUAGAAUCCAUCACUGCAUAGCAGUCGUGCUUACUCCACAGUGGCAGGUUCCUUGACCUGCCAAAAUCAUCUCCUUGUCCGUGUCCUGGGGUACAUUUGACUCCAGGAAAAGCCAUUUGGAUUUUCGUAGGCUAAGUAAUGAACGUGCCCCUCUUAAUUUUUGCAGUAUUGAGCUGUUUUGGGGGGGUUCUCCGUAUUGGGGUAAUACAGGUACAUUUGCAGUCCUGCUUACCAGAAGGGUGGUUACGGCGUUUCACACCGAGUCUUCCUGAUGUUUGGGAUAUUAAAACACAAAGUCACAUGCCAAGCUCAAGGUCUAACAGGAUUUUUAAUAUUUUUAAAAGAAUUGGACGGAUUUGUGUCCGCUGGAAGCCCUCUCAUUACAUGUGUGGUUACGUGGUGGUCAACUCCAGACGAGCCGCAGGAAUGCACUACAUGAAGAAAUGCACUGAGUAUGCAGCGUCAUCUCUGUCUUGGACUGCGAUUUUAUGUUGAAGGCCACCUUUUGAAAUUAUUCUCACAAGUGAAUUAUGUUUCCUAGGCACUGGUUUAUCUCUGAAUCUUUAAUAACUUUUUUAUAUUUGGGUUAUUAUGUUCAAAAUGCUAAGAUAAAUCUGUUUCACCUUACCAAGCCACUGUUAAUGACUACAUGUGUUAUUUGCACAGGGAGAACUGAAACUGAAUAUAUCAAUAAGCUAGAUAUGAAAUCAGUUUUUAUCAAACCUAAGGUUCAGAAAGGGGCAUUUUAUAUUCUUGUUUCUGCAUAAAUGGUCUUUUUUUUUUUUUUUUUGCGGAACUAACUUUAAAAAUCACUGGCUACCGAAGUAAAACUUGAUGUACUGAUUCCAUAAUGCAUAACAUUGAAUUUUUACAAACACUUCUCUUUAGCAAACUUGUAUACUUAACCUAUUUUCUGUUCAGAUUAAAAAAAAAAUCAGAUAUCCUAUACAACCUUUGCUUGUUUUUAUUCUAGUAUCUGAAUACUGCUAGU